AUGCCCCGCCCGCUCAUGCUGGUGGCCCUGCAGGUUAUCGAUAGCUUUGCACCAGCUAACGACCGCAUGACCGGUGUGCGGGCUGAACUCUUUGUCUUGCAAUGCCACUCAGGCAUAGCUUUAUAUUUGGAGCUAAGGGUGGGGAAAAGAUACAUUCUGGAUACUCCCUUGUUGCCCACUCGACACGAGGAUUGCAAGGCAAGGGCCGACGGCAACUUUCUCGUGGCUUGA